AAAUAUAACAAAACAAAGAAUUUAGCUCUUCAGUGUCAGAAUUUAUAAUUUUAUAAAUAAAAUAAAGAUAUUUUGAUUUUGUUACUUAGUUCCGAACGUUAAUUGUGGGUGUUGAUCGUGAUGUUUUUAAAAGCCAUUAAAGCUUUUAAUUUAUGAAGGUCUUGACCAGGUAUCAAUAAUCUGGAGCCAUGAAUGAAGAGGAACUUAAAUAUGUACUACAACUAUUGGAUAAUGGAAGUGAAAAAGUAUUUGAGGAAAUUCUUCAGUUCUAUGAAGAUGUCGAUGAAUCAAAAUCACCGAAAGAGUUAAGUGAAGAAGCAUUUGAUUUUUUCACAAAAAAUCUUAAGAAUAAUCCAGUGACAACAAAUACUGUCCUUAGUUUUAUACAACAGUAUUGUUCUGAAAAUAAUGCCAAAAGAAUUCAGGCUCUCUGCCUUCAAGUAUGUAGAAAUGAAGUGACAGAAGCCCAAUCCAUAGAAAGAUUGAUAACAUUAAUGUCAUUAAUAAAGUGGAAUCAAAAUUUUCAACCAGAGUUUGUCAAUCAUGUUUUGAAAUAUAUAUCGGAAGAUGCCUUCAGGCAAUACAGGAAACAAAUAUUAUUAAGCUUAAUACCACUUGAUGUACCACAAAUUCUGAACGACGCAGCUGAUUCAAUACAUAAACAUGAGCCCCAGAAAGAAUUCAAAUUGACCCCGGAGUACAUGCUCGAACUUUGCUACCAAGAUAAAACUCAUUGGCUUUUAAAAGCAGCACAGGUUUACAAAAAUCAACUGCACGAUUUAAAAAAUGUCACAUUUAAAAUAAAUAAUUUUACAAAACAGAUUCUUAUCAUGGUUUUAAUAGACCUUACAAAUGGACCAGAAACUUAUGAUCUCCCAUCACUAGUACAUCAAUUAACAAAUAUAUUUUCGAUAUUGGAUACGUACACUACAACGGAUGAUCAGUUACAAUUCUAUAUAACAGAAGUAAAAAGAGAAUUGACUAUAAUAAAAUUUUGCUUAGAAAAUAAUUGCAAAAUUAUGAGCACAUCCGUAUUCACCCAAGUUUUGACACAAAGUGCUCUGGCUGUGAUAUCCCAAGUAUGUAGACUUUCCAAAGUCGACCGCUACAAAGUUUCGCGUCUCUUAAACACUAAUAAUGACUUUAUAAAUGAACUCCUGGUUUUAAGCAACAAGAAGAACUUAACGGCGCAAGACGAAUCUAAUGUCAACUGGGAUUUCUCCACUUAUAAUAGUUACUGUGCGAUAACCAAAAUAAUUGAUACAAUCGUGAAUUCUUCGGAAGGAUCUGAAAAUGUGGAGCACACCACAACAUCUGUUGACGAAAUAAGACGUCUAAUUUUAGCUAUCCAACCACUACAGUUCUGCAUUGAAGUAAUAGAAAAUAUAUUUGCCUGCCUUUUUUUGAGAUUUGAAUACUUUUCUUGUUAUGCCGAGCACAAUCAGGACUACUCGUGUGGCGCCCAUUCGGAAUGUUCAUACUUUUAUUCAAAGAAGCAGGCCAAAAACACCAGCAUCAAUAGUGGCGCAGCCGGUUUUAUGUGCAAUGCGUAUACGACUCAAAUAAUUUUGAACACUUUAAAAUUAUGUUUAGAGAAUUUGGAAGAUAACAAUAACAUUGAUGAAAUAGAGCAAAGUCUGAACGUGAGAUUCAAGCAAUUGGUGAAGGUUGUUAAUCAUUCCGUAUGGAAGUUGCAGCUUGUUUCAACGUUAUCGCCCGACACUAGUCCAUUGAGACUAAAACUAUGUUUAGAUUAUGUCGAUGUAGACGAAAGCAGCGAUGAAGAAUCACGACUUGUAGAAUUGAAACCCCAAAGAAAGAGGCCAAAAGUCAGAAGGAAACACAGCAGUAAACAUGAUGUAGAGCAAGUGAUGCUCGCAUCCACAAUAUCGACUGACGAAUCUUACAUGUCUUCUACGGGGAACGCUAUAGAUUUCGUUUCAAUAAUGCUAGCCAAGCCAACAUGCUUGGUGGCUUUGGCACUUUAUAACAACGAUUUUCCCAAAGCCAAUCAAAUAUUGGAGAUGUUCGAUUUAGCUGACUCCGAAAUCGCAACGGAAGUCACAUUCACUGAACAAUUACGAAAUUUAGUGGCUAAAAUAAAGAACAUCAUUUACUAUAGAGAUGACACGCGUUAUCCUACUAAAGAACUGUCUGCUUUAUCCGUUGUUUCCACAGAAGUAAUGGGUCUAGUUGAAGGAUUUUUAGCUUCGAAUAGAGCUCCGAAUUCUUUUGAUAUUAUGGAGUUAGGCGCGAGACAUCCACACUUACAACUGUACAGCCAUCAAAACGUACCUUUUAUUAAUUCUGUUGACAUAUUAAUCAGUAGUGGGCUGAAUAAAGAAAUUACUUACGGUCUCAUAAACGUAGUAGAAAGGAAACUCGCCGAAGUGAGAAACUGCACAGAUAUAUCGGCAGUAAAGAAAACAAAUUAUAUACGUUUCGUGGAAGACAUUGUUAGUGUUAUGUUUGAACUAUUUGGGUAUACAGAAAAAUCCUUUGACUUCAUUGACAAUAUUUGUGGUCUGCUAAGUGACUGUCGCGUUCCUAUUAAAUACAAAGAGUUCUGUAAGCUAAACCAAAUAUCUAAAGAACUAAAACAAUCAUGUGAAGAUUUAGCGGGCAUUGUUAGUCCAAAUGAAUCCAGUCCAGUUGAUUUCAAUUUGUUACAAAAGUACCAUCAGAUUUAUAUGAAUGUCGUAGCCGCAUCCGAUAAGGAUUUGUGCAAUAUAGCAGAAGUGUCUCGUCAAAGCAAUAAAAAGACUCGAACACCUUACUUGAGAAUGUGUUACAUGUACUGCAAGACCGUCUCUCAUUUAGAACAAGAAGACGAUAAAAAACAGGACUCUGGUUCGAUGGAUAUGCCAUACUUUUUCGUGCUAGAAAAACAGCUUCAUGACAUAUUUGGCAGAAUGAUAAAUAGCAAAGAUAUCCCUGUAACCUAUUUAGAACCGAUUUGCAAAAAACUAAAUGUGAAUCUAAUACCCAAAUUGAUACUAAACUUUUGUCCAUCCAUCACUUUGUCGGGUCAACACAAAGAGGCCAGCGAAAUUAUAUUUAAUAAUUUACUGCAAGUUGUAUAUGACUUUAAAAAUCCCGAAGAGAACUUAUUCUUAGACCCGGUUGCUAAUUUUGCGCCGUUGCCCCGUCGACCUGACACGCAGUGUUUGACAUACAUCGUUUUGAACAACUGGGUGUUAGCUCAUAUAAUCAAGAAGGUUCACACAUCGCCCGAUGAAAACUGCCUGCAACAGAGCAUGGACGUUCGCACAAGAUGUCUUAAUAAUUAUAUGGAAUUGGACAGGUUUAACUAUACCAAAGAUUUAUUUGGGACCAACAAAUAUUUGGCUUCGCUACACACAACUAUUGAUCUCGAUAAAUUGUUCGCAUUCAUGCCGGAAUUGUUAGAUUCAGGCAAAAUAUUAAAAUGCCUGAACCUGAUAGAUAAUUUAUCAGAACGCCAGUUGAUGUGCAGUUCUAAUUUGACGAAUUUGAGGGACUUAAUACUGUUUAAGCUCGCUACGAAUCCAAAGAUUACCGAUAACUGGAAUUAUUGUCAAUAUUUAAGAUGUUCGGAACUCAAAGUGGAUCUCGUAUUGAAUAAUAUAAAUUGUUGGCCGGCGGACGGAGCUUUGGAAGCUUUAGAUUAUCUAAGGUUUUUGUUGAAUCAAGAAUCUUUGGAGGAGAGCCUCUAUGACAGAUGCACUGAGUGGAUGAUAAAAAUUCCAUUGUAUGAUCAGAUCGCCCCCAUAAUGGGUGUACACCACUGGUACGAUAUUUACGAGCAAUCCUGUGAAACUCCCGAAUGUGUUAUCGACGCUCUAAUGGACAGUCAGCAGUUUAAACUGUGCUUGGAAUGGGCAGACGUCCACAACGUAUCAGAUAAUAUGAAAAACCUGAUCGUUAUGAAUCUUUUGCGUCAAUUAUUUGAAUAUACAAAUCAAGCGACGCCUUUGUUAGUCAAAGAACUUCUCUCCAGACUCUCGGCUUCCCAGGCCAUCGACUUAAUUCAGGAAGAAAUGUCCAAAGUCCGGCAUGUUGAAAUCCUGCAAGUCUGCGUAGAGUUCAUAUCCGAACGCUCAUUCGAUUGGAAGGCCUUCGAGAAUAUCAAAAUAGGUUUGCAAAUAAUGUUGGAAAUCGACAAGAACUGGCGUCACAUGUUCUGGGAUCUAAUAGAUCGUCCUUUACUGAUGAUCGAACAGUUUUUAAUGAAUGCGAAACUCGAUAUUCUGGCCAACAUAUUAAACAAAAUAGCGCCUAGUUUGAAAAAGGAUCCCAGCGGCGAUAAUCUGUAUUACAACAUUAAACUAAUCGAAGGCACGGUUAUAUCUCGGAACGCUGUCGACGCCCUGCUCAGGUUUUACGGCGAGAAGGCUCUCGACCUAAAGAAUCCUAGAAACAACUGUCCCGUACUCCCGAAGCCGUCCGACGAUUCGUUACUCCAAUCAAUAGACUCGAUAAAUAUAGAGGCCGCCACGAGACCGUUCGUGAUGCCCGAACAAGUGCCCACAAGAGACCAGUGGACCGAGGACUACUCGACGGAUCGAUGCAUGCUGUGUCGUACGUCGAUGUUUUCGAUGAUAAUACGCCGGCACCAUUGUCGGCGGUGCGGGCGGCUCGUGUGUCACGCUUGCUCCAGGCACAGAAUGCAGGUACCAACAUACCCGGGCGGGGUGAAGUUCAGAGUCUGCGACGAUUGCUACGUCCAAACAAUGAACAAGAGAAGCGGAACAGACAACGAUAACCUGAUGAUGAGCAGCAACUCGGAUUCGGCGGGCAGCGGAGUCACUUGCAUGGACUGGUGUCUCUCCGUCAACUCUAAAAAGAACGAAGCGGUCCGGACUGAGUUCAGCUAUGAAUUCACGCCCAACGUCACCUUGUGCUUGUCGAUCAUGAAAAUGCACACAAUUAAUCUGGACUAUCCGAGGUUCUUACUGGACCGAAGCGACGAGGUAGCCCGUGAACUGUCCAACGGAGGGGACUCGCGCUUGUUGGUGCGAGCGAGACGAUCCUUGCUGCUUGCCGCUGCCGAGAUAUACUCGCGAACACCGAACGAGAUUGGGGGCGGCGGGCGCUCCGUCGUGGCGGAGACGGGCGCCGCGCAUGCCGCGCGCUGCCUCGCGCACGCCGACGCCAUGGCCACGCUCGUCAAGCACCAGGCGCACCAUCUCAUACCGCACCAGGGAGCUCAUCCGAGUCAAAUAGUGCGAUCGUUAUUAGAAGCGGAAAAAUGGGAACUGGCCCUAGAGAUAGCCACGAAGUCGGGGAUACCCAGGAACAGCGUUUUGGCGGCAUGGGGCAAAGCUUGCCUUAAGGCCGGGUGCUUCAAACAGGCGCGAGAGAAGUUCGCGCAUUGUUUCAAGAACACCAUGAACAUUCCGAGCGACCUACCCGACGACUGUGAAUACGGGCGGGAAGCGUCAGAGCCGCAAUAUGUGAAUAGAAGACUCCAGAAUAGGAGAUAUACAGAACGAACGAGCUCAGUGUCGAGUGCUCAGUCCGAUGGCCGCCCGCGCACCAAUCCACCACUGCUGAAUGAGAUAAUCAGUAUGCUUGAAGACAUGAACUAUCCAGUCAACCAGCAGCUGUUAAAUAAAGCGGAAACGAUCAAGGCGACAAAUGAGAAAUUAACCACAAUGAACACGAGCAAAAAGAAGAUCCAGCUAACUGAGCCGGCGCUUAAUAUCAUGCACACAUUAGCUAGCGUCAAAAAGAUCAAGCAAGGCGACUACAGCGAUUUCCAAACAGCUGUUGCACAACCAAAAAAGAGCUUGGCUCAAGGGCUUUUGAGACGUAACAACCACAGCACAGAGCCGAAAAUUGACUACACCCUAAAAAGACUAGAUCCGUUUUUUUACAAGGAAUGCCUGUUCUAUCUCGCUAAUUACGGCUCUCAAGUAGCCAACAUAGCGUUUUACAUGAAGCACAGCGAUCUAACCGAGGUACUGAGAUAUUGUUACGAUAACAUGGUCGAUAAGGAGACUUUCACGGAUUCCGUGUACAUGGAGUGCUUAAAAAAAGAUAAAGUCAAUGACCUCUUGAAAACUAUGACCGACUUGGAUAGCUCUUUGAAUAUGUGGUCGGAUUACAUAAUGCACAUCUGUCGGACGCUGGAGGUGAGCAAGAGGCUAGAGGCACUAUACGCGGUGCAGUGCGGGUCGGGACAGCACGCGCGCGCGUCCGCGUCGUGCGCGCUGCUGUACGCGCGUCCCGUGCGCACGCGCCAAGCGUUCGCCGCGCUCCUCGCCAGGCAGCACCACCUCACCGCCGCUCUGCAUCAUCUCUCGCAAUGCGUUCCGCUGUCGAACAAACCUACAGAUUCAAAAUCAAUUCACUUCAACUUAGACAAGGCCACUAUAGAUAAUCUGAUGACGACGAUAACUCGACAAAUGGAGUUAGCCAAAUAUUUGGCUGCGGCAGAAGCCAGCGAAAGAUUGACAGAGAAAGUGUUAAACGAAGUGAUCCCCGUGCAAACUGCACAGGAAUCCAGAGGUGCUGACUUCCGUCCGCUCACUCUGUUUGGCUCGACCACAGAUAAAAUAAGACUUGUUGCCGCUGUCCUCGCUACUGGUCCCAAUAUAGAAAACGGAUUUGAACUGGCUUUUAAAAUCAUUACCGAACAUAAACUGGACUCUAUGAAUAUAUACACGCAUGUAGCGAGAUAUCUGGUGCAAGUCGAUCGAUUUAUAGAAGUCAAAACGUUAGCCAAAUGCAUACGAGCAUCCAAAGAAACCGCAGCUAGUUUGAUGAGCGAUCAAGUUUUGGAAUCUGGAGUUAGUGCUGUGGUGAAGAAAUGCGAAUCCCGCGGUCAGUUACACGACGAACAAGCAGAAAUAUUGAUCGCCGAUAUACAUAGUGUUACCAUUAAGAUAUCUUGUUACUUGGUGUGCCGAAACGUGAGCAAUGCUUAUAUUUUGGCUGCUCGUAAUGAUCGUACGAACGACCUUCGACGUGUACUAGAUGAAGCCGAGCGCUUAAGAAAUGAUCAAGUCAGGAAUGCUUGUUUGAAACGUCUAACUUCUAAGAAUGUCUUGUAAUUAAGAAGUGAAAAUGCAAUAAGAUGAUGAUUAUAAGAGAGAUUUUUGUAUAGUUAGAAUGAAUGUGUUCAGAAAAAUUUAAACAGUAUAGUGUAAUCAUUUCUAUAAUAAAAGUUAGGCUUAUAAUCGAUCUCUGAUAACAAUGACAGUUUUCAGUGCCGUUUUAUUUUCUAUAUAAUAUUCAGUGUUAGCUUCUGUAGGAAUAUUGCUUUCAAAAUAAGUCAUUAGUGCCUUAAGAGAACUACUUUACUAUGCAAAUAAAUAUGGUUAGUGUGAUUAAAACAUUUUUAAAUCCAACAGAAAUAGGUGCUAUGUAUGUUUAUUUGAUUUAAUAAAAUUUUGCCAGUUAAAAAUUUUAUACUAUUUAGUGAUAUCUUUACUCACUAUUUUAAUAUUGUACAUAAGUGACUAGGUGUGAUACGAUGCCAGUAAAUAUUAUGUAAUUUCAAAUACUCUUGCAAUUGAAUUAAGUUUAUGCAGCGUGAAAACCAAUAAAAAAAUACUCCUUUUUAAUUUAGAAACAUAUUAUCUGACCUGUGACAAUGGAACCAAAAACAAAAAUAUAUACAAUAAAAACCCAGUAUUAUUUUUAAACUAUCGAAAUCAGAAAACACAAUGCACAAAUCAAAAUUAAUAAUAAUUAGAUUAGCCCAUACCUACUAUGUAACUAAAAUUUCAUUUUGUAUGUUAAAACAGCUUUCCAUAAGUUGAAAGUUUUUUUAUUAUUAUUAUAAUUGGUCUCAAAAAAUGUGAUAAAUAUCAUGAUCUAUAUUUUCAUAAGACAUUUCUAUCUUUGUUACACAUUAUUAUGGUAAAAAUAAAUGAAAUCUUUUAUUCUGUA